UUUUUCUUUUAUUUCUUUAUAAUAAUAAAACGGAUAUGAAAUUCCUUGAAGUUGAUUCACUUGAUCUAAUAAAUACAGCAUUCUUAUGGGAAACGUCAGAAUGUGUAUUAACAGGAAGAGUAGAAGCGUACUCUUGUAAAUCAGCUGGUACAGAUAAAAAACUAUUCAAGACACUUGAAAAUAGAUAUAAUACAGAAUUACUUGCACCUGGUUCUAUUUCACCUGAUGACCUGCAAAUUAUUUCACCUUUUGGUCGUUUAACAGAGUCUGCUCCACGUAAAACAUUUUUUUAUUUACUUGCUACUCUGAACGCUGCCUUUCCUGAACAUGACUUUGAAGACGUUAGACCUGACCAGUUCUUAAAGUUACCUUCUUUUGAAAUGGUUAUGAAUUCUGUUAAUACAACUUUAUUUAAUUUGGGUAAUGAUGUGAUAGUGAAUAAAUACAGAUUAUGGGAUGUGUUGGAUGAGAUUGUACAAUUAAACGAAUGUGAUGUAUAUACUUAUACACCUGACGUUGAUGAUGAUCCUAUGAAUGAAGAAGAAGGAUAUCUUUGGUCAGUGAAUUAUUUCUUUUUUAAUCGAAAAUUAAAACGAAUGAUAUUCUUUUCUAUUAAAAGUGAAAGUUUAAAUGGACCUACAGCAGAAGCAAUAGAAGAAGAAGGUAUUGAUGCUAUUGAUGAUGAUAAUAUAAAUUCAAGGCGCUAUCACGAUGACUUUUUAAUGGAUGAUUUGGAUUAAUAAAUUAUGCCCGCUAUGAUGACGAUGAUGUAUAUAUUAUUUUAUUUAAUUUACAGCUUAUGCACUUUUAUAUACAAAUACAAAUAUAUAUAAAAAAAAAGUGGUUUUGUGCCUGGACGAUUUAUUUAUAUGUGUAUAAAUGCAUACAUGUUACUUUUAACUACUCUAAUUAUUACUGCUACAAUGACAAUAACAGUAACAAUUGCCACUACUAUUUACUACUAUUAUAACCUAUAACCUUUUUUUU